UUAACAUGUAAAUUGGGCUUUUUUCAGACUUUCUGUUGCGGAGUCUGCCUGGGAAGGAAAAGAAAAGAAACGCCCAUUUCUGAGAACGCGAAAGAGAAAGUUAUUUUACCUCCAGCUCCCAAGGCAACACCAUGGCUGCUGCAGAUCCAGCAAAACACCUUCAGGAUGAAGCUACUUGUUCUAUUUGUUAUGAUUACUUCCAGGAUCCAGUAAUGAUCAUUGAGUGUGGGCACAAUUUCUGCCGAACCUGCAUCAGCAAUUAUCGGAAAGCAUCAGGUAGUAACGUUUGUUGCCCAGAGUGUAGAAAAUAUUUUUCCUGGGAAAACCUGAGACCCAACAGACAUCUGGGGAACAUGGCCGAAGCAGCCAAGCAACUCAGUUUGCCACUGAAGAAAAGCCCGGGAAGAGAGAAAACGUGCAAGGAACACAAGAAAGAUCUAAGUCUCUUCUGCAAAAUGGAUGAGACCCUCAUUUGUACUUUCUGUGAGAGAUCGAAGGCUCACAGAAAUCACGCUGUUGUUGGCAAAGAAAAAGCUACCGCAGAUUACAAGGGUAAACUUCUUAAACAUCUAGAGAAUCUGAGUAAAGAAAUAAACAAGAUCCGGUCCGUUAAAUCAAAUGGAGAGAAGCCAUGCCAGGACCUAUUGAAAGAGGCACAAGUUGAGAGGCAAGAAAUUGUGUCUGAAUUCCAACAACAACGGCAGUUUCUGCAGGAACAAGAGCAACGCCAGCUGGCCAGGCUGAAAGACAUAGAAAGUGAAAUUGAGAAGAGAAGAGAUGAUUAUGCAAAUAAAUUUGUGGAUGAAAUAUCCUACAUCAGUGAUCUGAUUGGUGAGAUAGAAAAGAAGAAUGACCAAUCAGCAAAUGAAUUCUUGGAGGACAUUGGAAGCAUAUUGGACAGAUGUGAGACGGGAAAAUUUCAGUUUCCAGCUAUACCUCCUUCUGCAGACAUGAAGGAAAGGCUUAAGAAAUUCUCUCAAGAAAGUGCAUCUUUCACAAGUAAACUGAGGAAAUUCAGAGAGAACAUGCUGCAACCAAGGUGGAUAAGAGAAAAUGUGUUGUUGGAUCCAGAAACAGCCCAUCCCAGAUAUGUUGUGUCUCCAGAUAGAAAAUCUGUAAUUUGGGGAGAUGUCCGUCAGGACUUCCCCUACAACUCAAAGAGAUUUGAAUAUGCUCGCUGUGUGCUUGGAAUCCAGGGAUUCACCUCAGGGAAACAUUAUUGGAUAGUGGAUGUAGAAGAUGUAGACCAUUGGGCUGUGGGUGUAGCCAGAGAAUCUGUGGAGAGGGAGAGGGAAAUUGAUUUUGAACCUGAUGAGGGAAUCUGGGCUCUGGGGUUCUGCAAUGAUCAGUACAAAGCUCUGACUUCACCUCCUACCCCUCUGGAACCAGAUGAGGACCCGACGCAGAUCCAGGUUUCUUUGAAUUAUGAAGCAGGGACGGUGGCUUUUUAUGAUGCUGAAGAUAAGACCCGCCUCUUUACUUUCCAGUCAGUUGACUUUGAAGGGGAGGAAGUUUUCCCUUUUUUCCGGAUUGUUGAUUCAUCAGCUUGCCUCCAGCUGUGUUCUUAGAGCACAUGGCCCUUGGCCUGUGCUUUACUGUGGCUGGGUGUGCAAAUAUGUCCAGAUCUCAGUUCUGAAGAUCAGUAGAUAUCCAUUUGAUGUACACUUGUCUUUAGAAGCCUGUACAGGCUGCAGCUUCCAUCCCAUGUUGCUGUCCCUACUUUCCCUUUCAACACCAGACCAAGGUGUCCUGGGCUGUCUGCGCAGAUGGUUGCAUUAUAAUGAAGUAUAGCACAGUAGCAUUAUAAUACUGCAAAGAACAGUAUCCUAAUUUUGAACUCUCUCUGCUGGUGCCAGUGGGGGGGAUUGCCUCCCAUUGUAAAUACCAGUUUCGGAGGAAGGAUUUUCCUCAGGACCAAAGCAAAGGAGAAAAGGGUUAAAUCCCCCUCCAUGCCUGUUGUAGUCCUAAUGAUUGUCAGCCUUCCCCCAUCCAGCUUUUUGCAGUUUGUAACAACUGCACAUAAAAUGCAAAGCUGUAUUUUUCUCUAGUUUGACCUUAGUCUUAUAUAUUAAUUGUACUAGUAUGUAACUCCUCGUGUUUUUCUUUUAUCAUUUUCUUCUCUGUGAUUCGAUGUCAUCAUUGCAUUCUUUCAAUCAUUUUAUUAAUCCAUCAAUAAAGUUUUAACAUUCUUUUUAACCUUUA